CCCUUGUUUGAACUUCUAUAAAUUUCAGAUUUUUUUUAGGGUUUGCUCUGAAAUUCAGAUUAUUUCCCUCUCUAGCCGUUUUGCUCUUUUCAGGUCUUCAGAUUCGAACCGUCAAUUGUAUUUUCUUCACUUGAAGAUCCCCUUCUUUGAGCACAUCAAUGGGUAUUUGUGAACAUUCAGCGCAAAAUUGAGAUCAAGAUUAUAGUAUUGAUUAAUUGUUGAUUAGGUUUCACAUUCCAUUUCAUUUGGAAAUAUCAGAAUGGAUGAUGGAGAACUUGAUGAUUUCUCAAACCAAGAAUUGUUCACAUGUGAAGAUAUUUGGGAUUUACCAAUAGAUUGUUCAAUGGAUAACUUCUUUGAUGAUAUUCUGAAGGAUAGUCAUGAAUGUACUCACACCCAUACUUGUAAUCCACCUGGUCCUGAUUUAUCACAUACACAUACUUGUUUACACAUUCAUACUAAAACUCUAUCUGCACCAAGUGAUGAGAAGAUUGUUGCAUCUGAUCACGAUACUUCUGAAUCCACUGAGAAGAAGUCUAUGAAAAGGCCUUUAAGUAAUCGCGAGGCAGUGCGAAAGUAUCGCGAGAAGAAGAAGGCUCGUGCUGCAUCUUUGGAGGAUGAAGUUGAAAAUCUUAGAGCUUUGAAUCAGCAGUUGAUGAAAAGGUUACAGAGACAAUCUGCACUAGAAGCUGAAGUUGUGAGGCUUAAAUGUUUGCUUGUGGAUAUUCGAGGGAGGAUUGAUGGAGAGAUUGGAUCUUUUCCUUAUCAAAAUGUUGCUUCAAAGAACAUUAAUCCAUGUAAUAAUCUGCAAUGUGAAGGAAAAGAAGCAGAUUUCAGUGGUGAAGGCUUGAACAGUUGUGAAUUUGGAAAUCUGCAGUGUUUUCAGAAAAAGAAUGGGAUAUCCAAAGACAUCUCAGUUGCAAGCAGAGAUGUUCAUGCUGCAAAGGCUAGUUGAAGAUCGAAACCUCAUAUAGUGCCUAUAACAUCUGUUUCAGAUCAUGUUGUGGUUAUCGAAAAAAGUUUUGCCAAUAACACCUGCUUUUCGAUGAUGUUGAGGUUAUCGUUACAAUUUUUUUUGUGGAAUUUCUAGAAACCUGUUUUUUGUUUUGUUAUGUGGAGCUUCCACAUGUUUUAGUUAUUUAUUUCUCACAUAGGACCCAUCUUGUGCUUCGAGAGGCAAAAGUGUAAUGGCUAUAUCAUGUUUGUGGUUUUGUCAAAUAAACUUAUGAAUUUGUUUUGGGUUUGAUCCAAAUUAUUAUCAUGAUUUUUUAAAACU